AUGCUAGAUACAGCGCAGUCCUGGAGGAUGCCACUUUCGGUUCCAGCUGCAGACAGAUGGCAGAGAGCCUCAGCAGCCUUCUCCCUCAGUUUUCUCUCUUUAGUCUUCUCUAUCACAGCAUUCAGCAGCAGUUACUGGUGUGAAGGGACAAGAAAAGUCGCCAAACCAUUCUGUACAGGACAGAGCAAAGGGGAUCACUGCAUCCGCUUUAAUAGCCCCGAUGCCAACAGCAGCAAUGCUGUGCAGUACAUUUGGGAGACAGGAGAUGACAAAUUCAUUGACCGAAAGUUUCAUGCUGGGAUUUGGUAUUCCUGUGAAGAAAUUAUAAAUGAAGAAGGUGAGAAAUGUAGAAGCUUCAUCAGUCUCACUCCAGCUUCUGAUCGAGGGGUUUUAUGGCUGUCUAUUGUAGCAGAGCUUCUGUACAUUGUUUUACUUCUGACUGGAGCCAUUCUUAUGUCAGUAGAAAUGUGCUACUACAGUACUGCCAUUGAUGGGCUAAAGAUCAACACCUUUUCUGCAGUGGUCACCGUAUUAGCAGGUCUUCUGGGCAUGGUUGCUCACAUGAUGUACACAACCGUAUUUCAAAUGACUGUAAAUCUUGGUCCUGAAGACUGGAGACCUCACACAUGGGAUUAUGGCUGGUCUUAUUGCCUCGCAUGGGCUUCCUUCGCGUGCUGUAUGGCUGCAGCUGUCACCACGAUUAACAAAUAUACAAAAACUAUUUUGGAAUUCAAGCACAAAAGACAAAUGCUGGAGAGGAGUUUAAAGAUUAAAUACAAGUUCCCUGAUGAUACAGCUCCAGAGAAAGCUUGCAAUGUGUAUGUGAACUCUUUUCACAACAGUACAGAGGACCCUGCACAUCCAAUGAAAGGCUUGCGUCACCUGGCCACUAUUUCAGUUCUGUGA